AAGAGGCUGAUAGAAUAAGUACCAGAGAAUAAGUCCUGGGGUCGAUUUCUUCGACAAGAAGGUGGUGCACCAGCAUGGCCGCAGUCAGACGACUGAAACAAGAAUACGGGAACACACACACACACACACACACAUCUUUUAUCUUUGAUCUUGUUUCAGUCAUUUGACUGCGGCCAUGCUGGGGCACCACCUUGAGGGGUUUUAGUCGAACAAUUCGAUCUCGGGACUUUUUUUUAAGUCUGAUACUAAUUCUAUCUGUCUCCUUUACCGAACCGCUAAGUUACGGGGAUGUAAACCACCAACACCGGUUGUUAACAAAUACAAGCCUAAAGACACACACACACACAUGUGUACAUACGACGGGCUUCUUUCGGUUUUCGCUAAUUAAAUCCACUCAUAAGCCUUUGGUCGGCCCUAGUCUAUAGCAGACGAUACUUGCCCAAGUGGCUGCGGAACUGAACCCAGAACCAUGUGGUUGAGAAGCAAGCUGCUUUAUCACACAACCACGCCCACAGAGAGGGAGAGAGAGAGAGAGAGAGAGACAGACAGACAGACAGACAGACAUAGAUAGAUAGAUAGAUAGAUAGAUAGAUAGAUAGAUAGACGUAAGUAGUUGGGGCAGUACAACAGAAAUAGUGCUGGACUAAAGCUAUUUGCCGUGGUCGCUUAUGUCCCUUUACGUUCUGACUUCACAUCCUGCUGAGGUCGACGUUGCUUUUCAUUUUCAUCGAUGUUGAUAAAUGGAAUUGCAAGUUUAUUAUUGAGGCCUAUUUGGUCAAAUAAACCCUCUGCCAAAUUUGUACCCUUGUGUUUACGUUAGAAAAUGUCUUCUUCUUUCUCCUGGUAUUUUGCCCUGUGUAUCAUCCUUGCAUUUUUGGCUAUCAAUACUGUAUUUAUUAAUUUAAUUUAUUGUCUCUUUUUUUACCCUUUUCCAACGAGAUGCACUACACGUGACCAUUGCAUACAAUGUGUUUACAUUACAAUUUAUACUUCUUUUUUAAGAGUGAAAUUUUCAUUGUUAUUGAGAGUUAUCUCCCUUGAUCCCAAGUAAUUCGCGCGAAUUUCAGUUGUUCUUGAGUCUCUUCCACGUCCUGCUUUAGUAAUUAUUUUACAAAAAAUAAUUACGAUAUUUUCUUUAAAACGAAUAUUUUCAACAAGAGAAGCUAAUUUUCAACCAAUUCGGAUUCGGAAUUUGAAAAGGAAAGAAUAAAAAUUCACAUUGUGUGACAAAAUGCCUCAAAAAUUGCAUCAACAACUAAAAGCUGCCCCAUUGGUAUUAAAGAAGUUUUUCUGCAGAGUUUGUGGGAAAAGUUUUGCAAGAAGUUUCUGCCUGAAAAUUCACAUGACAUCUCACACCGGAGUAAAAUCAUAUCGCUGUGAAAUCUGUGGUUGGUGCUGCAACUCUAACUACAUCCUGAAAAUACACACCAGAAGCCACACUGGUGAGAAACCAUAUUGUUGUGUGAAGUGUCGUAAAGCUUUCUCGACAAAUACAGCGUUGAAGCUACACAUGAAGAGACAUACUGGAGAGAAGCCCUUCCGUUGCAACAUCUGUACUGUUAAGGCAUUUGUCACAAAAUCUGAGCUAAACCUUCACCUAAGAAGUCACUCCAUUGAACAGCAAUUUGUCUGCGUUACUUGCCACAAAGGCUUUGUGAAAAUGUCACUGCUAAAGGUCCACGAGAGGAUUCACACUGGUGAGAAACCCUAUAAAUGCAAGCUGUGUGAUAAAUGGUUCCGGACCAAUUCUAUUUUGAAUGUUCAUACCAAAAGACACAUGGCAGAAAAGCCACACAAGUGUGAGAUUUGUGGGAAAAGUUUCAAGACAAAAUCAGAACUGACCAUCCACAGAAGGUACCACACUGGAGAAAAACCCUAUACAUGUGAAACUUGUGGUAAAGGUUUCUCUGUAAAUUCCGAUCUUAAAUUUCACAUGCGUAUUCAUACAGGUGAGAAACCGUUUCUCUGCAUUAUAUGUGGUAAACGUUUCAAGCUGAAAAAAGAGUUGAAAGUUCAUACCAGGACUCACACAGGUGAGAAACCAUUUAAUUGUGAUAUCUGUGGAAAGAAAUUUAGCACUAAUUAUAGGGUGAAGAUUCACAGUCGAGUUCACACAGGUGAGAAACCUUACAAAUGUAGUAUGUGUGACAAAAGUUUUACACAUGGCACAAAUCUAAAAGUUCAUACGUUGGUACAUUCUGGUGUGAAAUCUUGGCUGUGUGAGGUGUGCAAUAAAGGUUUCUAUACAAAAAAGGCUCUGAAUUUUCAUAGUAGAUGCCAUACUGAUGAAAGGCCAUUUGUGUGUGCUGUGUGUGGCAAGGCUUACCUGAGGCAAAGAAACCUAAGGAGGCACAUGUUUUCUCAUACAGGUGAAAAACAUCAUCGUUGUAAAAUAUGUGGCAAAGUUUUUCACCAAAUUUCCGACUUGGUCAUUCACUCCAAAUUGCAUCAAACGAAAGAUAGUCAUGAGGAAGAGGUUAUGAACAAACAACUUAAGGCUAUCAGAAAGCAGCUUCGAUGUGCCGUGUGUAAGUUGUGCUGCCCUUCUGAUUCUUCACUGAAAACCCACUUGGAAACACAUGCUGGAGAGAAACCUUAUCCUUGUGAAGUUUGCAAUGAAAGCUUCUCUGCUUUGUCUCAGGUAAAGGCUCACAUGCAGACGCACAACAAAGAAAAAUGUUACAUGUGUAAGGUAUGUGGGAAAGGCUACACUAGGAAAUCUUACUUGAAGGUUCAUUCAAUGAUCCACACUGGAGAGAAACCAUUUCAUUGUGAUAUCUGUGGCAAAGAUUUCAUCACAACUUCACAGUUAAAGACUCACAACAUUGUUCACAGCAAAGAAACAAAGAACACUUGUAAAGUCUGUAGGAAAGGUUUUACUACAUCAGAACAGUUUCAGCUUCACCUCAAAGUGCAUUAUAAUGAAAGACAGUUUCCUUGUGAUGUUUGUGGUAAUCGCUUUAGGUCUAACAGUCAUUUGAAGUCACAUAUGAUCACUCAUACAGGUGAGAAGCUGUACCAAUGCGAACAGUGUGACAAGGCAUUUGCACGAAGUUCUACCUUAAAAAUUCAUUUGAGGACCCACUCAGGUGCAAAACUUAAACCUUCUCAGUGUAGCAAAUCUACUGAACUGAACAGACUCCUGUCAGCAACGUGUGGUGAAUAUUAGGAUGACAUUUCUAAGAUACUAAGCAUGGAUCUAGGUUGAACUGGUAGAUAAAGUGUCAGCUUUUCUGCCACAGGUUUGUAGCACAAGUUGUGCUACAUGCUCAAUCCUUGCAGCCAGCCUUUGCUUACGAUCAUACUGUUUCUAAACAAUAAGUACUUGGAUCAUAUUUCCACUGAAGCACAUCUCAUUCAUUUCAAUUAAUUUUGAAAAUAAUGAAUUUAAUAAAAUAAUUUUGUCACUAUUAAACCAAAGGCCCAAGCUGGCAGAAUCGUUAGCACGCCAGGCAGAAUCAUUAGCGACAUUUCAUCCGUCUUUACAUUCUGAGUUCAAAUUCCGCUGAGGUCGACUUUGCCUUUCAUCCUUUCGGGAUUGAUAAAUUAAGUACCAGUUGCAUACUGAGGUUGAUCUAAUCGACUAGCCCCGUCUUCAAAAAUUUGGGGCCUUAUGUCUGGAGUAGAAACAAAUAUCAAUCCAUCUCUGGCCACUCCAAGUUCUAGGAUACAAAACCGUUUUGAAGUGUUCACAUCUAAAUUAAAACCUGGCUCAAUUAUGAGAUAGUUUUACUAAAUUAUUUUCAAAGUUAAUUAAAAUGCAUGGACAGUGUAUUUAGUUAGGAAUAUGGUCCAUUAUCCUGUUAAUAGAACAGGAGAGGUUCUGAGUGUUAAUUUAGUCCACAAGUCUUCGGUUGAAAGUCUAAAUAUAUUUGUCCUUUAUGUGAUUUUCUAAACAAGGAACAUAAAACACAGUUUGACUAAUAAAUGGAGUCUGUACAAAUCAAAGGAUCUUGUAAUACUUAUGUGUAUUUAGGCUCUGGCUCCGGCUCCGGUGAGUUUUGAGUCACCUCCAGUGGAUAAGGUGCUGGUUUUUUGUCAGUAUUAUUGCCUGAUCUGGAGCUAAAAAUAGCACCCAAGUAUCUCUCCGAUAACAUUCUGCUAUCUGAAAAGAAGGAUGCAAUAUGUAGUCCAAGCUACCCUAUCUCUGAAAAAUAAACGUGGUGGUCAUGACUGGAAGACUUGAUUAUAGACCUGCUGAAUCUGGACUGACCCAACAGAGCAGGCUUAUGAUCAAAAAGAGAUUUUUCUUUUACAAACAGUUUAGUAAAGAAGAAAAGACAUUUUCUAAAAGUCCAGCAUCAUCAUCAGUGACAUCAGUAACAAGAGAAUGCACAUUGCUAGAAUUAACAGUACAAGUUUUUUAUUUCUUUCCAACAGAAGAAAAAAAAAAAAAAGGAAAUAUUUCUAUCACACAAUUAUGUCCAACAGGCUUUUAGGAAAGGUUUAGAAAAAAAAAAAAUAAAUAUAUAAUAGCCAUCCCUACCAAGGAAAAAAAAAAUUUUUGUAUAUUUUAAGGGGAUGAAAAUCAUGACAGCUUUCAGAACACUUCUAAAACAAUCACUGCCACCACAUUCAUUAAAAUCAAAGACCAAGUUUUCUUCUUCAAAUUCUUUGGACAAUAAUAAACAUUGAAACAGUAA